AUGGCUACGACAGCAGCUGCUCAGAGUAAACCAACAGGCAACACAAUCGUAGCCGAGCCUGAUAGGCCAGUCGAACCCUGGCGUGAAAAUCUUAACAAUCAUCUCAUCUGCCGUGACUGCAAGGAAUUCCCUCCCAAUCUUGUGGAAGAACAUGCCUCAGGCGACACUGUAUGCAGCUCUUGCGGCUUGGUGCUAGGAGACAGGACUGUCGAUACGCGGUCAGAAUGGCGCACAUUCUCCAAUGAUGAUCAAGGAGGAGACGACCCAUCACGUGUUGGGGACGCUGCAAACCCUCUGUUGAAUGGAUCGCAGCUGCAGACCGGCAUAUCGUUCAACGGCGGGAACCCUGGUCGCAAUAGGGAUUUGCAAAGAGCGCAGAACAAAGCCAAUCACAACAAGACUGCCAAAGCUCUGCUUUCGGCUUACAAAGAAAUCGAUGCCUUCUGUGAGUCUUUAAGCAUUCCAAAGUCAAUCGCGGACACUGCCAAAGGGCAUUUUAAAGAAGUCUACGAGGCCGGCGCUUUUAGGGGCAAGUCCCAAGAGACCAUCAUUGCAGGAGUCAUAUUUAUCGCUUGUCGACAGAUGAAAGCAGCAAGGACUUUCAGAGAGAUCUUUACCCUUACCAAAGUGUCCAAAGCUGAGAUAGGUCGAGUUUUCAAAGCUCUCGAAAAAUUCUUCAAUAACCGCAACGCAGAGAAGAUGAAGCAAUCACAAGAAGAUCCAAGUAAAAUUCCAAUGCAUUUGACUUACUUGUGUUCCGCGCUGACUGGUUUAGAUACCUACCAUCAACCACCGCAACUGUACGAGCAUGGCCCCUCAACGGACCCAAAGCAGUUAUGUGAGAGAUAUUGCAACGCUCUCCGUCUACCCUUCGCAAUCAAUAAAGUCUCGAGAGAAAUUGCAGAGAAAAUGGACUCCGAGGGGAUGCUGGCCGGGCGCUCGCCGCUUUCCGUGGCAGCAGCAUGCAUCUUCAUGGCGUCACAUCUCAUGGGAGUGCCGAAGACUGCCAAGGAGAUCUCUACCGUCGCCGGCGUGAGCGACGGGACAAUUCGCAACGCAUACAAGAUCUUCUAUCCCGACAAAGAGAAAUUAAUAAGUCCGGAAUGGUUGGAAAAGAAACAGGGUGGUUAUGUGGGCGAUAUUGCUAGGUUGCCUGUUGCGUAA